GCCGACAAUAAAGUGAAAAGAAGGAAAACAGUAGUGACGUCAUCUCUCAAAAAUGGCGACUACAGAUGUGGAAGACUUCAUCGGACAAAACAGGCUGUUGGCAGACUUCGUCGAGAAGUUUCGCGGCCUGUCCGAAAGCGACAAGCAGUGGAAGUACAGGAGGGAGUUUUUAUUCAGGAACAUCAGCAACUAUGAAGAGGAAGAGUCUAGAGUGGAUCAUCUGCUCGCGAUGUCCAUGGUGUGGGCGAACCACGUGUUCCUGGGCUGCAGGUACAACCCAGAGCUGCUGGAGAGAGUGAGAGAGAUGGCUGAUGGGAUUGAUGUGGAGGACGCUCCCGUUUUCAAGACCAGAGAUGAGCUGAUCCAACAACAACAACAACAGAAGAGGUGACGCCUGAAGGAUUCGCCGUCGUUUCAUUACAAACACCUGAUGAGGAACUGACGGAGAUCUGUGGAUCAGAACCGUCUCCUCUUCAACAUCAAUCACUAGAUUUUAAUGAUUAGCUUUGACUUGUAACAUCUUAUCCCUAGUUGUACAUAAGUUUUAAAUAUUUUGUUAAAAUAGGCUUUUGUAUUAUUAGUAGUUUGCAUGCAAUAAAAGAACACAUUCUCUUCA